AUGUACAGACAGUGGGCAGUGGUGAAUAUUUUCAUGAUGUUUUCUCUGCAAUUGGUGCAAGACUCCAGUGAUGAACAUGGAUCAAUGAAGAAAAGCACUAGGUCAAUGUUAGAACAAUCUGAACAGCAGAUUAGGGCGGCUUCUGGCUUGGAGGAACUGCUGCAAAUCACACACUUCGAGGACUGGAAGCUGUGGAGAUGCCGACUGAAGCUGAAAAGUUUUACCACCCCGGACUCUCGCUCAGCAUCCCAUCGGUCCACCAGGUUUGCGGCAACUUUCUAUGACAUUGAAACAUUAAAAGUUAUAGAUGAGGAAUGGCAAAGAACCCAGUGCAGCCCUAGAGAGACGUGUGUGGAGGUCGCCAGUGAGCUGGGGAGUAGCACCAACAGGUUCUUCAAACCUCCCUGUGUGAACGUUUUCCGGUGUGGCGGCUGCUGCAAUGAAGAGAGCGUCAUCUGCAUGAACACCAGCACCUCGUAUGUUUCCAAACAGCUCUUUGAAAUAUCAGUGCCUUUGACAUCAGUGCCCGAAUUAGUGCCUGUUAAAGUUGCCAACCAUACAGGUUGUAAGUGCUUGUCAACAGCUCCCAGCCAUCCAUACCCCAUUAUCAGAAGAUCCAUUGAGGUCACAGAAGAAGAUGGUUGUUCCCAUUCCAAGAAACUCUGUCCUAUUGACAUGCUAUGGGAUAGCAGCAAAUGUAAAUGUGUUUUACAAGAGGAGAAUCCACUUGCUGGAAUGGAAGACCCCUCUCACCUCCAGGAACUGACUCUCUGUGGGCCGCACAUGAAGUUUGAUGAAGAUAGUUGCGAGUGCGUGUGUAAGACCACCUGUCCCGGAGAUCUCAUCCAGCACCCAGAAAACUGCAGUUGCAUUGAGUGCAGAGAGAGUCUGGAGAGCUGCUGCCGGAAGCACAAGGUAUUUCACCCAGAUACCUGCAGCUGUGAGGAUGGAUGCCCCUUUCACACCAGAAUGUGUACAAAUGCUAAAUCAGCCUGUGCAAAGCAUUGCCGCUUUCCAAAGGAGAAAAGGCCUACCCAUGAGCUCCACAGUCAAGAAAAUCCUUGAUUCAGCUUUGUUCCCAAGUUCCUCCUCCCACAUUUUAAACAGCAUGCCACGUUGCCAAGUUGCUGUCACUAUUUUUCUUUUUUUUCCAGGUGUUGGAAAAAAUUCAUUUCACAUAGUACUAGGUGAAUCCAAACCAACCUUCCAUUAAACAGCAGCUGAGGAUUCCCUGGUUCCUUGAUAGAUAGCUUCUCUGCACACCAAGGAGUGGAGAAGAGGGAGCCUAACCCUUUCUGUUUGGUGAAUGAAAAAGGUUCGAUCAUCAUGGAAUGAUAAGUGCUAUGUGACUGAUUACUCACAGCAGAUGAGGCAAUUUGAAUAGUCUCUGAGUCCUUUGCUAAUUGCAACUCUCGUGAAUUAUUCUGAUUCUUCCUUAUGCAGAUUUGAUUCAUAUGAUCAGCACUGAUUUUCUGAUUACU